AUGGUCGCGGUCUCCUUUCGUUUUCUACAAGUCGUUGACCUUGGCUGCGCAACUUGGUCAUACCAGCAGGCUGGCCUAGAGACACGCACCAUGUCUGGAGUCGAUAGGUUGCUUGAUCCUUUCUUAGAGUCGGAUCGUGGACGUCUCGCCAGGAUCGUCAGUGAGUCUUGCCAAUCUCAGCAGCCAAGCUACAACGCUUGA